CAGUCAUCAUCAUCAUCGUGGUCGUGGAGCAGAGGCGAGUGAAUAAGACAUGGGAAUUGAGCUACCCGUUGGGCUCUUCAUCGUGAUCGCGGUGGAUGUCUUGGUCUUGAUCGCGGUCCAUCCAACCGAGGCCAUCGACUUUGGCUAUCAUCCGAGCGCCGAGGAGUUCGACAGCCUGUUGCGCCAGACCUGGGGUCGUGAUCUCCUCCAGCGUCGCGUCCAGGAACGUCGAUUCGUGCCGCGCUACCAGCACCAGACCUCCAUUCGCUUCGAGCCGCCCGAAUUGGAUUUCCAGCUGUUCGGCCAGGAGGAUCAUCAGGAUCAUCCCUCGCAGCCGUAUGUCUUUGAGUCGGUGGAGGAGAGUCAGCCCUCAUCCACAUCCGACCAGUUUCACGUGCAGAGCGAGCUGCUGGAGAUCAAGGAGCCCAGACCCAAGCCGAAACCCAUUAGCACAGGCAACGCCACCACGUUUCCCAUAUACUUCACCCACCCAACCACCGGGAUUGUGUACGCCAUCAGUCAGGUGGGAGUGGGUCAGAACCCGAGUCCUAUAACCACCCAAAGUCGCAACGAUAGCAAUGGCAUUGCCAUCUAUGUGACCAAGGCCCAAUACGAUGCCGAUCUGGAGAGUCUGCGAAGGCAAUAUGAACAGCACUGCCAGUCCAUGUCAUCUGGAACGGUGAUAUCCACCCUGAAUGUGAAUCCUGUCCAGGAGGGAGGAACCACCGCCAGACCACAGAUCAUUCGAUUGAAGAAGCCCAAGAAUCCACUGACCAAACCCAGUAACAAGUUGCCCAAGCCAAGUCAUCGACCACCGCCUGUGAUGGUGACCAGUGGACCAAUCAACCACGUAAGCGAUCAGCUGCUCAAGUUGCCCCACCGUGGCGGCAGCACCACCACCACCACCACCAGCACCACUCCAAGGCCAAAUACGAGGAGAAAGAAGCGCAAGAAGAAGCCAAAAAACAAGACUAAAGUGAUCAAAAAGAGGCCGGGUUAUGGGGGGAAUAACACCCGAGAUCAGCCGGGACCUUUGCCCAUUUAUUUGGGUAAGAGACCCAGCACCACCAGCAGCACCACCAUGCGACCACCGCCGGCUUAUACCCAACUGGAGAAACCACAUAUGCCACACGCCACUCUACCCACCACCAAUGUCUUCAGUCAGCAUUUACUGAGAACCGGCGAGGAGCCAACGGAAGAAAGUGAAACACUGGAAGAACAGGAACCAUUUGAAAUAGUCGAACCAGUACAUCUCAGAAGACGCCGUUCGUUGGAAGAUUGGGCAGGAGGAAAACAUGGAGUUCAACUAAUGGAACCACUUCAUCAAAAAAGACAUUCCACUUUGAAGACUCUGACUAAAAUAGGAAUAUUAAACAGUGCUGUUAAUAAAUCUAGAAACAAAUUCGAAAAUCGUGCAGAAGAAGUAGGAGGGCUCAAGAAAGAAGACUCUUAUCCCCGACGACAACGUUUUUUAAAGAAUCCUAGUAAAGGAGUGGGAAAAAUUGGUGGAUCUCCCAAAGAAACUGAUGCAUCUAAAAAAUUUCACACCAGACAUCGUCGUUCCUUGGAGACUCAAAAAAAUGAGGGAACACAAAAGUCUAUACCACAAAAAUCUUUAGAACAAGUAGAACCACAAAAAGGAGUCAUAAAAGAACAACAAAAAGUGGUAGCAAAAGGAUCAAAGGUGUCCCAAAAAAUAUUAUCAAAAGGAUCACAAAACGCGGUAGCAGCGCGACGGGUGAGUACUCCCAAAAGACGCUCACCCAAAGGAAGUUCCAGGAAGCGAAAAACCAAACAAGAACCACCGCCACAAAGCACCCAAAAGAAAGAGCAGAAUACAGGGGGUGUGGGCCACUUACCCAUCGCCCUUCAUUUGCUCCACAGAAAUCACAGCCAGGAUGAAAGGAAAGAAGCGCCAAAAACCAACUAUAAAAAUAAAACCAAGACCAAGGAACGCAAACGAGGAAGACCCGAGUUGCCCAGUUUUGAUGUAUUCGAACUUCUGUCCGGUGGGGAUUACGAGGAUGAAGAGGAGGAGGACGAUGAUGACUACUAUUUUGAAGAUGGGGAGAAGGAUAAGGAUAAGCAUAAGGAUGAUCAAGACCCCAAUCAAAGUGGCAGCACAGAGGCUCAGAGUGAUCUCAAAGAGGAUAGCAGUUCGGCGGAGGAGGGCGCUGAUUUUGGAGCUAUGGUGGAGGAGGAAACGACCACAUCUACGAUAUCCAGCAGCGAGGAAGAGGAUGCCACAUCGAGCACCAAGAACUCCAUGGCCAAGAAGAAGAUUCGCAUCAAGAGGCGGCCAGUGAACUCGGAUGAGGAUUACGAUGAUGACGAGGACUCCGGAAUUGGUGGCUUCUUUCGCAUGAUCUUCUAUCCCGUCCAAAUGGCCAUGUCCCGCCUGAUGGAUGGCUUUGGCAGUCCCGAUGAGGAGGACGAUGACAAGGACCCACCCAGUCCACCCGUGUCCAAGUACCCAAGCUACACCCUCUAUCACAGUGCCCACAGCAAUGAGGCCUAUGCCGAACCGGAGGAUGAGGAUUCGGAGGACGACGACGGUGAUGACUCCUCCUCGCUGGGGAGCUGGUUUAGCUCCUGGUUUGGCCUGCAGCGACGCACCAAGAAGAUCGGCAGCACCAGCACCACCACCAUGGUGCCAGUGGCACAACCACCGCCCACCAAGGAGCCACCCGGCUGGCUGGAGUCCUGGUUUGGAUUCGGAAAAACCACCGCGGAGCCGGACGCCGAGGAUGACUAUGACAAAUGGUUUUCCAGCUGGUUCGAUUCGAGGCCGAAACGAAAGGUCAGACGCCGUUCCACCACCUCAACGUCGACCACCUCAACCACGACGACGACCCACACACCAUCGGCGGCGGCCCAAGUGCCCAUCCUGACCAUUGUGGAUCCGCUGAGGAAUCCACAGAAUUGGAUUGGCAUACUCGCCCACCACAUUGUCAAUUCCACCGGCAAUGCCAUGGCCUCCACAACCACCAGCAAUCCGCUGCUCCAGGCGCUGGCCACUCGGAUGACGACCAGGGGAACCACUAGCACCUCAACCACCACAUCCAGACCGGAGGUUCCCAGGCGCAUAAGCUAUGACAAGUACCAGAUCUGGCGUCUCAAGCCGCAGGAUGAGGAGCAGGUGCGCGCACUGGAGGAGUUCAAAAAGGGCGAGGACGGGGUGAAGAUGCACUGGCUGAAGGGACCCAGCCUAAGAGGUCUCACCGAUGUCCUGGUGCCCCCCAAGAUGCUCGUGGACUUCCAGGGCACUUUGAACUACGAAAGCAUCGCGCACGAAGUGCUCAUCUUUGAUGUGGGCAAGGCCAUUGCCUACGAGCUGACCAAAGAGGAUUACCUCCACACCACUCGUCCCUCGAAGCCGCGACCCACUACUCCGCCGCCCAUGACCUGGAAUCGCUACCACAACCACGAUGAGAUCGUAAAGUAUCUGGAGACGAUGCGCAUGCGCCACCCACAACUGGUCGAGCUCAUUCACAUUGGUCGCUCCUACGAAGGUCGACCCUUGAUUGUGGUGAAGAUCGAGUCCAAGCAAUCUGCGGCGAUGGCGAAUAGCGAGGGUCUGCAGACAGUCAAGCGGCCGAAGCGGAAACGGAAGUCAGGCCAGGCCAAUGCCGUGUUCGUGGAGGCCGGAGCUCAGGGAUUGGCCUGGAUCGGACCCGCGACGGCCACCUGGAUGAUAGCAGAGCUCCUGCGACUGAUGAAGACAAACAAAAGCAACGAGGAAGUGGAGUUCAUCAGGAACACCACCUGGUAUAUAAUGCCGGUUCUAAAUCCGGACGGAUAUGCGUACAGCCACGAGUACGAUCGGUUUUGGAAGAAGUCGCGAUCGCAGCACCAGGCUCCGCCUCCCAGUGGCCUCCUCGACUCGGCGAUGACGUGGCUCCAGCAGAAACGCGGCCCGGACAAGGUCUGCUAUGGGGUGGAUCUGGACAGGAACUGGCUCUACCAUUGGGGCAAGCGGGGCAGCUCCAAGGCGCCCUGCAACGAGUUCUACGCAGGUCCGGCGCCAUUUUCCGAACCGGAAACCAAGGCCGUCUCCGAAUUUCUCAUGGACUACAGAACGCAGAUUAAGCUAUAUAUAUCCCUGCAGGCCUAUGGUCAAGUGAUUUCGUAUCCGGUGAAGGCCAAUUCAACUUUUAAUUCGGAAAGGUUGGACGAUUUUCUGGAUGUGGCAAUGGUGGGCACCGAUGGAUUGCGAAAGAAGGGCAGUAAAUCCCGAUACAAAGUAGACGCAUCCAACGAUCUUAUUGAGCAGCGUUCGGGCUGUGCCGACGCUUUUGCGGCAUACGAAAUCGGAAUACCCUUCAGCUAUACGCUCCAGCUGGCGGACAAUGGAGUGCAUGGCUAUCUGCUGCCCAGCAGCGCCAUCGAGCCCACGGCUCGCGAUGCCUUCGAGAUCGUCAGCGGAAUGCUGGACUAUAUUUAAAGCUCCGAUUUAGAUCAAUCAAUACAAAUCGGGAGCAGCAGGGAUUCGGGGUGGGGCUACAUGUGAGAGAGUUCUAGUUCCUUUUAUCGCGCUUUGGUGGCUUGCGUUCCGGAGAUUACUUGCCACAUUUCCGGAAUACAUUCUCCAAUAAUAUUAGCUUAAUCACAUAUGCAUUUUAUGUAUUCCAAAUUUUUUUUUUAUUAUACAAAAAUUUAAUGAUUUGAUAUUUUUACUAAGCCUAA